AUGGCGUCCAAUACUGCUGAUUCAAACCCAUACAAGUUAUUCCCCACACCGGUCGAAGGCCCGAAGGUGCCGUUCAAGGCUGCUCAUGGAUCCAACCCCAUUCUGCGUGGCCGACUGUUAGAAAUAGCCGCUACCCUGGUUCAAUCAUCAAGCUUUGUGCAGUCGAUCCUCUGGCGCAAUGCGGGCUUCUCUUCGCUCCGUGAGAUCGAAAACCUCAAGGCCUACGAACCGAAAUUCGACCCUACUGUCCUCCCUUCGGUGACCGGGGAGGCUGGCGCAAAGGCAUCUGAGCUACCAGUUCCAGCUAGGCGCCGUCAGGAUGGCAAGGGCGAUUACUACACCUCCGCUGAUUACCGUGAGCUCUACAAGUCUGGCAAGCUGACUCCUACGGCGGUUGUGGAGGCACUGCUGCCCGCGAUUCGUCGUGAUACUUCCCCUCCAGGAGAAUUCUCACCCGGUUUCUGCCAGUCAAAUAUUGACAUCAUUCGUGCCUCGGCGGAGGCUUCGACGGAAAGAUGGGCGAAAGGAACCCCGCUGGGUCCGAUGGAUGGUAUACCCGUUGCUGUCAAGGAUGAGGUAGAUAUUGAUGGAUACGACAAGUUCAUGUCGAGCAAGAUCAACUUCACGCCCAACCCCAGCUUCACUUCUUGGUGUGUGAAGAAGUGGGAGGAAGCUGGUGCCAUUAUCAUAGGAAAGACUGUUAUGCAUGAAAUUGGCCUUGACACUACGAACAACAAUCCUGUGGUUGGAACACCAAGAAACCCACAUAAUCCAUCAUACUAUACCGGUGGCUCUUCCGGAGGUUCUGGGUAUGUGGUCAGUGCUGGCGUUGUCCCUAUCGCCCUUGGAGCUGAUGGAGGCGGCUCCAUCCGUAUCCCAUCUAACUACUGUGGAAUCUAUGGGCUCAAAACAACACAUGGCAGAGUUUCUGCCGCACCGUCACAUAGAUUGGCCACGACUGUAGGAGUCCUUGGUCCGAUGGCAUCUAAUCUCGAUGAUCUCGCCCUGGCCUACCGUAUCAUGGCCGCUCCGGAUCCAAGCAACCAGGUGUCAGCGACAUUCCCUGACCCUUUGUUGAAUAUACAAUCUUCCUCCUCUAGACCCAAGGUUAUUGGAGUAUACAAGGAGUGGGUUGAGCGUUCCGACCCCGAGGUAUUAGCUAUGUUUAAUAAGGCUAUCGACUAUUAUCGGGAUGAAAAAUAUUAUGAAAUUGUCGACAUCACUAUCCCCUAUAUCCCUGAAGGCGGGAAAUGCCAUGCCAUAACAAUUCUAAACGAAAUUGCCAGCGGGCUUACCAAAGAGCAGAUCUCCCAACUGACUGCUCCAACUAGGAUUAUGAUCUCCGUGGGUGGAACUCAGGGCCUCGCUCAGGACUUCUUUGCAAGUCAAAGGAUGCGCAACCUACUCAUGAAACAUCUCUCGUUCCUAUUCCAGAAAUACCCCGGCAUCGUCAUUGCGACUCCCACAACACCAACAGCUGGCUUGAAAAUAUCCCAGGGUGAAGCUGACCUUACCCAUGGCAUCAGUGAUUCCAACGCGACACUACUAUCCAUGGAGUAUGUCUAUCUUGCUAAUUUCACCGGAUGCCCUGCCAUUUCAUGUCCAAUGGGCUAUGCGGAUGAGACUUCGGUGCCUGUUGGACUGAUGGGUAUGGGAGAAUGGGGUAGUGAGGAAGCCUUGAUGGAAUGGGGCCGUGACGGUGAGGGCGUGUUGGGCGGUAAGGGACUGAGAACUCCUGAUAAGGAGAAGGGUGGGAAGUGGAUUGAUGCUAUUAAUCUGGCACUUGGUGAUAGUAGUGAGUAA